CUUUAUUUGUUCGUUUAAACUUUCGGAGACCACAGGUUUUAUUUGCCGGUCAAUACAAUUACAUGUAUGCUUGUUUGACCACUUUGCAACAUUAGGCUGCAUGUAGGACUACUGUUAAUUGUAGAAUUUCUUUUGUAUGACCACAUUUGAUCGGCUGCCGUGACAAUUUAAGCAUACAGUGGAAUUCGCUCAUUUUGAUUUUUUCUAUGAAAAAAGAAGAUAGAACACAGCAUUGUAGAAGAUUGUCAGAAUAGAUUUAUUUUGUAAUUCUUAUAUGGAGUCUGGAUAUCUUUGUGCAAGAUUUGAAAAGUAGAAUUUUUCGUAUUUAGUAGCUUUAUAUCAAAACUAUGGAAUAUCGCCAAUCUAGAUCUGAAAUAUAUCUCCAACCAGAAAUAGGUAAUUACCGCCAGCCUCGUUCAGAAAUGCGUGUUUCUGGUCGGUCUUACAGACAACCUAAGCAAAGAACAGUGCAGUAUGUUACAAGGGAACAACCCAGAUAUAUUGUUAGACAAAAUGAGGAAUUAUCACCACAAUAUGUGGUCAGAGAGAGGAGUAGGUCACCAUAUACGAUAAGUAAUGGUCAAUCUCCGCAAUAUGUGGUCAGGGAAAGGAGUAGAUCUCCAUAUAUGAUAAACAAUGGUCAAUCGCCUCAAUAUGUGGUACGAGAAAGGAGUAGAUCUCCAUAUAUGAUAAGUAAUGGUCAAACUCCUCAAUAUGUGGUCAGGGAAAGGAGUAGAUCUCCAUAUAUGAUAAGUAACGGUCAAUCUCCGCAAUAUGUGGUCAGAGAAAGGAGUAGGUCACCAUACAUGAUUACUAAUGGGGACUCCAUUUCACCUCGCUAUAUAACAGAAAAUCCAUAUGCUGUGAAAGAUAGAAAUAUUCUUCUGUCAAAUGGAAAUACACGUUAUGUAAGCAGAUAUCAACCUAGGCCCCUUACAGAAAUGGAGUUAGAUAUGUACAAGAGAUACAAGCCAAUAUUUGAUCGGCAUGAACCUGAUGGCGUACCUCUCAAUCUCCUGAAAGAAGAGUUAAAAGAUGAAGGGAUCACAGAUCAUAUCCCAGAGGCCAGGCUACAUCGUAUCCUUGACAGAGCCGAUCGGGAUGGAGACGAAAGAAUUGAUUUUGUGGAAUUCAUGAAAAUGAUGACAACAGAUGUAACAAAGGAAGAGAGAUCAGCAUUUCAGAGUGUUAUAGGUGCUGCUGUCGCUGAUAUUUUACCCAAGAGUAUGAGGGAAGAUUUUCUUGCCAAUUACACCUGUAGACCACCACCUAUAUUUAUGAUAUUUAUAAGUUUAGUUGAGAUCAUUAUAUUUGCUGUGUAUGCUGCUGAGCUAUCGGACACCACAACACCAGUAACAGCUACCUCAGGGGUACCACUGUACAGUCCGUUACUAUAUAAACCAAAGAGACGUUAUGAGGCUUGGAGAUAUAUCACUUAUAUGUUUAUACAUCAAGGAUACAUGCACAUCAUAUUUAACCUGAUAUUCCAGCUGUUAUUAGGUUUACCAUUAGAACUGGUACAUAAAUGGUGGAGAGUUCUGUUAAUCUAUAUAUUAGGAGUUAUAGCCGGCUCACUUGCCCAUUCUGUAACAGAUGUAGAUGUUGCUCUAGCAGGAGCCAGUGGUGGAUGUUACGCUCUUAUUGGUGCUCAUAUAGCGUCUGUUAUAGUUAAUUGGAAAGAAAUGAAUUACCAGUGUACUGAAGGAUCAUUACUGAGGUUUCUGUGCAGUGCACCUAUAAGACUAACAGUGCUUCUUGUUCUGUCUGUAGGAGAUACAGGACUUGCUAUCUACAGAAGAUACUUUGAAGAAGAAGUAACAAAAGUUGGUAUAUCUGCUCACAUAGGAGGGAUGAUUGCAGGUUUACUACUUGGAAUACCCAUCUUGAAGAAUGUAAACAUCUUAACUUGGGAGAAAACCCUUGGUUACGUUACUCUUUCAAUAUACCUGUGCUUUGUUGGGUUUUCUAUGAUUUUCAAUGGUGUUUAUGAAGGCUACCCAGAAACAGAUUGGUCAAAAUGCUGUCCAUCGUAAACUUUGUCACACUGAAUCAGAAGAAUACUGCAUAAUGAAUUAGUUUUAAGGUUUUAAAUAAUUUGAAAGAGUUUACCUGGUUAUGUUACAUACAAGUUUGGGGAUGCACCUCAUGGUUUGGCUUAGAAUUCAAAGUGCAAUUAAAAGAUUAAAAGAUCUGAAAUCUUUUUUUUUAGUUUAUUUUUUAAUUCAACAUAUAUGUAUGAACAGAUAUUAAAAUGACAAUUAGAUGCAUGCAUUUAUUCCUUAUCACUGUGUUACUAAUUUAAGUUGGUCUUUUUAUGAUUAAAAAUAUGAAAUUUGUUUUAAAACUAAAACACAGAAAGAAAAUAGAGAGUUAAAUAGAAAGUAGAAUACAGAAAAUAAGUUCUAUGUCAUUUUGGUCUCUUGUGGAGAUUUGUCUCAUUAGCAAUCAUACCACAUCCCCUUAUUUUUAUAUAAUUGAAUUUUUCGAGAGAAAAAAAAGAGAAUUAAUGUUAAGUUUGAUAUUUGAACAUUUUUAACAAUAUUUCUUCAUUGUCAAUGUCAGGUGAAGAUAUACAGUAUAUUUUUUGUCUUCCAAGUUGUACAAAUUAAUCAUAUGAAUUCAGUUUAAUUAAUUACUUGGCUGUUUAAUUUAAAAUCUAGCUAAUUUAAGAAUUAGUUAAAACCUGUAUAAAGUAAAUAUGAAUAACAAAAAAAGUUAUUAUUGAGUUUUUUAUCUGGACAGAAUUUUUUUUUUUUUCAAUCUGUGUGAAAUAAACAAAACCAUUGUUAGGAGUAGGCAAAAGGUGUUUUUUUUUAACUAGUUUUUUAUGUCAUAUAUAACUAUGUUUAUCUUAAUUGUCUAUUUAUUUGUACAAUCAAUACUUUCUAUUUAUGUAAUGUGCCAUUAUUCAGUAAAAAGGGUUGUGAAUAUAUAUAUAUAUAUAUAUUUAAAAUUAUAUGCCAAAAGAAUUAUAAGGAAAAUAUUAUUUCAGAUACACCGUUAUUGUUCAGUAAAAAUUAAGUGCCUUUUGACACAUAUUUGUGGAAAUGAUUAAUUAAAAAAUAUACAUCAGUGUCUAUUUUGGAAUGUUCAGAUUGAAGAUGUCGAAUUUCUUAAAUUCUUACAGAAAUAACCUGUUUUCCAACUAUUGGCAUUAUGAGCAGAUUUUGUUAUCUUAAUUCUCCAAAUCUGGCUUUAGAGCAACCUCAAGUUUUUCAAAUGGAAAUGUUACCAUUAAUGUUAUUUUUAGUUGAUAUUUGCAGUUAACUAUCUUGCCUCCUGAAAUUAGAAAUGUUAAGUUAGUUCAUUCGCAUAUUACGAACAAAAAAAAAUUGUAAAUAGAGUCAUCAUGAAAAAACUUAUAUCCUUUUAACAGUUAUGAGUUCUUUUAUCAAAUUCAGGACAACAAAGAUAUUGUGCCUUCUUUAAUUUGUGUGAGUUCCAGUAGGGAAAUGUUCUUAGGCUACAAGGUCAUGUUUAAAAAAUUACCUCUGGUCUCAUUUUAGCAAAUUUGAACGAUAAACAUGCAUGGGAGGUUGAGGUCCUUUUAAAUGAGAUUUAGUCCUAAAAUCACUGGUCUACCUCAAUUGAAACUCUUCAUUUUGAAACAAAAAGAUCUAAUGCAAUAAUUUGAUUCAUCAGAAAUAAAUAUGUAUAAUUUGUAUAAAAUAUUUUAAGGAUAUUUAAAUGAAACAAAAACGCUGGGAUCUCUGACCUGUUGUCCUAGAAUGACUUGCUCAAAACAUUUAUUGGAAUCUAGUUGUUGGUCAUGUGUAGAUAGGUCAAAAAUGGCAGUUCAACAGAUGUUUGAACAAAAGUUAAAAAUGGCAAACGAAAAUUGCUCUUUUAGGCACGUCUCUUGAUUUGUUAAAUUUGAAAGUUUUUACUAUAUUUAUAUAGGUUGGUUAUUGCUUUUUUACAAUUUUACUUUAUAUUUCUUUUCCUUAUUUAUUGAUCUUGAAAUAUAAAACUAUUUCAAAUUAAAAAAAAAAGGUUUACAUUCUUAUUUUCUAAUAUACAGUGUACAAGUAUAACAUCAACAUUCCAAAAAAUAUUUAUUUAUUGUGAGGAAGUAAUUAUUUUAUUUAGAUUUUUCAACAUAAAUAUUUUUAUUGAAUAAUUUAUAUUGGGUGCACUCUGCACAACUAAGACAGUUAAUUAUAAAAAGUAUUGCUAUUAUAUUUUAAAUUUAAAUUGAAUUUUAUAAUGAAUAUACAUAGUUGUUAUUAGAAAUGCUUGUGUGUUCUCCAAUUAUAUAUGCCAUAGCAGGUUUAAUAGGAGAAAUUAGGUAGAUGCUUUGGUAUCCAGGCAUUGUUUUAGAAAAAAGUGGUAGAAUUUGUAUUUUUUUUAGAUACUUAGUUGAAUUUUAUAUUUAAAUCAUUGAUGAUAACGAAUAUAAGUCAUUAAUUUUUCUUAGUCCUCAAAUAUGCCAGGUUGCAAUACAUAGAAAUGGUUUUGGCACUAUUAUAAUUCUUAUUGAUUCUUUUUAAUUUUUGAUUGGUAUACAUUUGUAACUCAAUUUAUUUACCUCAUGUAUUUUACAUUUUAUACAAAACCCAUGAAAUUGGACAAGAAAUGUCAAAUUUAUUUAGAAAAAAAGACAUCAUGGCAGCGAACAAAUUUUAAUCCCUUCAUGGAAUUUUACUUCUUAACAAGUUGUUGUCUAAGUUGCUUUUUGGUAGGGACAAUUCAAAUUGAAUGUGAUUGGUGGUGGUUGUUUUAGAAGAUAACCAACCAGAAAUUAUGGAAAAUGUAAUUUAAAAAUAAAUGCAUAAUAUAAUUAAACUAAAUCUGCUUUCUUUCUUUCCUUUUUUUUUAGCCGUUGAUUUCAACGUGUUUUUAACAGAUUAUGUGAUAUAAAAAACAUAACAUUCCUUUUACAUAUAUGAUUAUUUAUUGAAGUUUUCACUUUCAUGUUAUCGAACAAAAAUAUAUUUUAAUCAUUAUAAUGCUAAUUCAUUUGUUUUCUGUGAAUGGAAUUUUUUAUUAAUGCUAAUGGCUUCUGUAAAAUCCUCUCUAAGUGGACCUUACAUGAGUUAUUCCUGUCUUUUUAAAUACUUUUUUAAUACUCUACUUUUACUCAAACUGUACUGAAUGACUAUUAUCAAUGGACAAAAAUUGAGACUGAAAAUAUUUCUUGACACUCUUGUUGUUGAGUGGUGAAGUAUACAAAACAAAACCUGUGAAAAAAUAGAACAAUGCACAGGAAAUGCAUUAUAUGUAUUAAAACUUGUUAGAACAUGUGGACAAAUUUAUUAAUUUAUAUUUAGAUAUUCACAGGCAUUCUUUAAUGAAUAAAGUCUUGUACAAAAAUGUACUGUAUUCCUUUGGGUCACAUUGUUUGUAAACAUAGUCUUUAGAGAAGUUGAUGUAUCAAAAAUAAAGACGACUUCCAUCAAGCUGUAGGGUCAGAUAUCUAAUUGUUUUAAGAUUGUCACUCAACUUCUUUGUUAAAUUUGUCUUUGAUUUUACUGUUAUAUAAAUAAAAUUAUUUUAUAUAUAUAUAUUAUA